AUGAAGUUCACUACCUUUGAACGACAGAGCAAAUUAAUUCUGAAUCGCCUUAAGAAAAUUAAGGAUCGUGUCUCCACUUUGGUAUCUGAAGAUAUAGGGAGUGAUGCUCUUGAGGAAUUGGAGCAAUAUGCUGAAGAAGCAAGCAUCAGGUACUCAGAGUUUGAUAAAUAUAUUACUCGCUUGACUUCUACUGAUUCUAUACCUGACUUUGAUGCUGAGGCAGUUGAGAAAGUUCAGGAUGAUAUCAGUGACUUAUUUAUUCAGAUUAAAGUGAUUGUGAAACCAUAUCAGAAGGAGUCCACUUCUACUCCUGCUCAUGCAAAUACUUCGCCUUCUAAGACUCUAAAGUUACCUCCGCUCACUUUAAAAGCGUUUAGUGGGUUACCCGACCAAUGGUUGUCAUUUCAAGGUUUGUUUGAAGCUUCUAUUCACAAAAAUGAUAAAUUAAAUGAUACUGAAAAGUUCCAGUAUUUGAUUACCUCUCUUGAAGGGGAACCAUUGAAUUUGAUUAAAAAUCUGCCAAUUACAGCAGAGAAUUACAUGGUCGCCUGGGAGUUGCAAAAAAAUAGGUAUCAAAAUAACAGGAGAAUGAUCAUUCAUUAUGUUAAUAACCUAAUUGACCUCUCUAACAUAACUAGUGGUAAUAGUAAAGCCAUCAGAACCUUUUUAUCUAAGUUUCAGGAAAACACUCAGGCUUUGGAAGCUCUUAAACAUGAGGUAAGAAAAAACAAUAUAAUCUUGUCUACUAUGUUGUUGCGCAAGCUAGAUGGAGAGCUACGCAAAAAAUUUGAGGAUGGUAGAGAAGACAGUCAGAAAAUCCCCUCAGUAGAAGAAAUCAUGUCAUUUUUAGAAGAUGAAUGUACUCAUAUGGAAGCUGCUAAUCUUUCUAGUCUAAGGAUAUCCUCUGCCUCCCACUCUAAUGUCAAAUCAAACUCUGAUUAUUCUAAGGUAACUAAUAAGCCUCGUACAGUUCUGCUAUCUGCCCCCGGGUUACCUCAGAAUCCCAGGUGUGCUUUUUGUAACAAAAGUGGUCAUGUGAUCUAUAGGUGUACUGACUUUCAAGCUAUGACUCCCUCCUCUAAAUUUGAGUUCAUAAAAAAGAAACAAUUCUGUUUCAAUUGUCUUGGCACAGCUCACAGCUCAAAUGAUUGUAAAUCAAAACGUUCAUGCUUUCAUUGCGGUAAGAAACACCACUCAUGGCUGCAUUUAUCAAAUCGCUCCACACCAACCAGUACGCUAUCCCCCAUUCCCUCUCAGCAAGUGAAAAGGAAUGUAGUUGACACAAAUCUCUCAGUGUCAGCCUCAGAUAAGGAAAAACAUCCAGUGGUUGUGUUUUCUCAAAGUAAUGUUGUCAAGUCUUCAACAGUACUAUUAGGCACUACCCUUGUGUAUGUUAGUAACAAAGAUGGCCAUUCUCUGGUUUUAAGAGCUGUACUAGACUCUGGCUCUAUGAUUUCAUGUUUGACUGAAAAUGCAGCUAAUCUCUUGUCCUUAAAUAGAUGGCAUAAUGGAGAUAGUGAUGUAGAUGGCCUCUCUUCCUCUCACAUCAGUACCAAAGGUGCUUCAAAGGUAAAUAUCUCUUCUCUCAAUGGUACAGACAUAGUGAAGAACCAUCCUGUGGUUAUAUUGGAUAGGAUAACUUCGGAUCUUCCUCAAGCUCGAAUAUCAGCAGCGUUCACGAAUAAGUUGAAGCACCUAGUUCUAGCAGACCCUACUUUUGACCUACCAAGCUCUGUGGAUAUGUUGUUAGGAGCUGACUUGUUUUGUAGGAUUGUAACGGAGGAUCACGUGACAUUUGGAGACAACAUGCCUAUGGCAAUGAACUCUGUGUUUGGUUAUCUAAUUGUAGGACCCGCUCCCCUAGAAAGAACCCCAUGUAAGGAGGGGACUGUAUCUUUACUCACCACUCAUGAAGUUGAUCUGCAUCGUUCCCUACAACGAUUUUGGCUGUUAGAAGAACCUCCGCUAAAAAUAAAACCCUCUCCUGAAGAUGAUCUAUGUGAACAGUUGUUUUUAGCUCACCAUUCCAGAGACUCUAAAGGUCGCUACACGGUCCGACUACCCUUCAAGGAGGCACCCGCUCCCCUAGGCAACUCCUCAGAAAAUGCAAAACGUAGAUUUCUUUCACUGGAAAAACGCUUAAACGCAAAUCCUGAACUAAAAGCAGUUAUGUGA